CCAAUCGAAACGCGUCAGCAGCCCAAGAAGGCGCGAGCCUGUUCUCAGAGACGCCAAGCAAUCAUAACGUCUUAAGAGACCAACAGAGAGAGUGCGAGAGAGAGAGCUGGUGGAGCGCGCGCGCUGCUGUGAGCGCAGCACAAUACUGCCUAUACAGUCUCGUAGACGACCUGCAUCACCACAGACACCAAGACCACCAGCCCACCAGCCCGGAUCUAAACAUCUAAACGACAAUGGGCAGAAACGACCCUCCCGAUCACACAGAGCCAGAACCGCACAACAACACCACGCAGACGCACGCGCGCACGCUCUGGUGAGUACAGCUCGAGCGCAGACGGCGCGCAUGGCCGCCGCGUAAUUCUACGCAGUACGGGACUUUUACGCGCGGAUGGAGCGCUCGGACAACUGGACCAACGAGACCGUGGUGCGCGCGGAUGACGCCCUGUCCGACGAUGCCGAGCUGGAGGGCGGCGGGAGCGCGCGCGCGAUCCUCGGCUUCGUCCUGUUCCUGCUAAUCGUGUCCACGCUGCUGGGAAACACGCUGGUGUGCGCCGCCGUGGUGAAGUUCCGUCACCUGCGCUCCAAGGUCACCAACUUCUUUGUGGUGUCGCUGGCCGUGUCCGACCUGUUCGUGGCCGUGCUCGUGAUGCCGUGGGAGGCCAUGUCGGCCGUGGCGGGCACGUGGCUCUUCGGGCGCUUCUGCGCCGUGUGGAUCGCCUUCGACAUCAUGUGCUCCACGGCGUCCAUCCUCAACCUGUGCAUGAUCAGCGUGGACCGCUACUGGGCCAUCGCCAGCCCGUUCCGCUACGAGCGGCGCAUGACGCACCGCGUGGCGUUUGCCAUGAUCGGUGUGGCGUGGACGCUGUCCGUGCUCAUCUCCUUCAUCCCGGUGCAGCUCAACUGGCACGAGCAGGGCGGCGAGGAGCGGCCGGAGCGCGAUCGGGACGGCGACGACGAGGAGCGGCGCAAGGAGCCGCCGGAGCGCGACGCGCAACCCGAGGGCGCGUUCGGCGCCAACGGCACCAGCGCGUCCAGCGCGCACACCGACUGCAAGGCCAACCUGAACCGCACAUACGCGAUCUCCUCUUCGCUCAUCAGCUUCUACAUCCCCGUGCUCAUCAUGAUCGCCACGUACACGCGCAUCUUUCGCAUCGCGCAGACGCAGAUCCGCCGCAUCUCCUCGCUGGAGCGCGCCGCCGGGCAGUCGCACUCGCAGACGGCGCACGGACACGGCCACGAGCCCGACGAGCACACGCUCAAGACCACCUUCAAGAAGGAGACCAAGGUACUGAAGACGCUGUCGGUCAUCAUGGGCGUGUUUGUGUGCUGCUGGCUGCCCUUCUUCGUGCUGAACUGCGCCGUGCCAUUCUGCCGCUGCGUCAGCGACACCACCUUUGCCAUCUUCGUGUGGUUCGGCUGGGCCAACUCCUCGCUCAACCCGGUCAUCUACGCCUUCAACGCCGACUUCCGGCGCGCCUUCUCGUCGCUGCUGGGCUGCAACAGGCUGUUCGCGAGCGGCGCCGCAGCCGUGGAGGCCGUCAACUUCAGCAACGAGCUCGUGUCCUACCACCACGACACCACCUUGCAGAAGGACGCGCCCACCAACCUGCAGCAGCAGCUCCAGCUACAGCACGCGCGCGGCGAGCGAGGCGAACUCGGCGCGCGCCUCGACAAAGCCUCCAUCUCCUCCGGGGCGUCGCGGAGGCACCCGCACCCUCACGCGCACGCGCUCCUGCCCCACGAGUGCGACGGCGAAAUCUCACUGGACACCAUAACCCCCUUCACCUCCACGGGGCUCGUGGAGUGCGAGGGGCUGCCCGGUCAAAUUAUGACCGACUGACUUACUGACUGACCCCCGGACCCGAGCCCGAUCGAGAGGUGGUCUGUAAUAAAUAGCCUAAUCAAUAUUGUUUUGAUCAUCUCUGUGAUCAGAGGUGGGUAGCCUAGUAGUCUCGUUAGGCUAUAGUGGCAGGGCAAGUCCAACAACUAUUAAAGUUUGAGCUGAUGCUCACUGGACUCACUGGAUUUAAACUCUGUUCACUUAGCAGUAUACAGGCGCAAUGAUAGGCGGCCAAGUUUGCCAUGUCUAUGAAAUUACAGCCAAGUUAUGUGCUAUGUCAAAUAAAAAAAAACAUAAAAUAUGUUAGUUAAACACAGUAAUAAAAAGUUAUAAUGCCACAAUGCCUCCCCAUAUAUUCAGCUUUGGCACCAUUGGUCAAAUUAUGUAUUAAUUACUAUUAUUUAAUACAUGUAAUUUACAUAAAGAUUUGGGGGAAAAUAGAAAAUAUUUUAUAUAUUAUUUAAUAGUAUUUUUGUUCUUUAUGAAUGAACAACAAAGUAUGAAUGAACAAAUCUGUUCAAAUUGUUCU